UCUUAGUUGUUAUAUUUCCUGGUAACCCAGUUCCGAUCGCCUCUCCUUCCGUUGCUCGCCUCCCCUAAUCCCGUUCCCCACUCGUCGGCGCCGCUUUAAUGCUCUCGUCGUGCGUGUCAGCUCCGCUGCUUCUCUACCGCACGAUCCUGCCGCCGUAGCCCUCCGCCGCCCGCGCCCUUCGACCACCCGUCGCCUCAGAAUUGGGUGCAAAAGGACGCUCUUCGGCUGGUCGGAUUCUUCCAUCGGGAAGAGGGUCUAGGGUUUUUCUCGACUAUCUGUUCGACCUUUUUCUGCCGAGGUUCUGCUGGGGGGAAAGACGGAAGCGCGUUAGGGUUUGGGCGCUCACCGCCAUGGCCCCCGGCCGUAGGAAAGGUUCGAACCGGGUUAAGGCGGUGGGGCAGCUCAAGCUGGGGGAUCUUGUUCUCGCUAAGGUGAAAGGCUACCCUGCUUGGCCUGCCAAGAUAAGCAGGCCAGAAGAUUUUGAACGGUCACCAGAUCCUAGAAAAUACUUUGUUCAAUUCUUUGGGACUUCAGAAAUUGCCUUUGUAGUUCCAGCUGACAUUCAGGUAUUUACUGAUGAGUCAAGGAUUAAAUUGACUGCUCGUUGCCAGAGCAAAACAGUCAAACACUUUGCUAGUGCUGUUGAUGAGAUUUGCGAGGCUUUUGAAGAACUGAACAAGAAGAGAUCAGCAGAAUCUGUGCAUGAAGCGGACAUGAUUAAUGAUUCUGUUGCUUCUCCAUUAAAUAGUGAUUUUGAAGAUAUCGAACAUCCAGUGGAACAUAAUGGGGCAACUCAUUUGAGGGAUCCCGGGAAAAAGGUUGAGAAUAAUGUAAGUGGGGAGCCUCCAUGCAUUAAUUUUGUUUCGAGGAGCCAAGAGGUGAGUGCCUCUUUGGAUCCAUCGUCGAGUAAUUUAAAUGGUGCUGAAUCUCUCUUAAAAAGGAAAAAAAGCUCAACUAAUGAUGGUCAGAUUGCAAAAAAGAAGAAAGUUGUAGUUUACAAGUCAGAUUUAUAUUCUUCUUCAUGCAAGGAGAAAUCAAUUAUCACUAGUCCUGAUGAUAGUGAGGGCACUAAUAUGGAGAUUUUACCUCAAUUUGAAAUUGAAGAGCCACUUCCAAAAGUUUCAUCUUUUAGAGGGCUUGAGAAUUCCUGUGAUUCCAAUGAGAAGGAUGCAAGCUGUUCUCUGAGAGUUCAAAAAAAUGUUGAUAUUGUUGCAAAGAAAAAGAAAGUUUUAGUUUCAAAAUCAUCUUUGCCUUCUUCUGGCAAGAAGAAUAAAUCAGUGAGUGGUAGUCCUGAUGAAAUUAACGGCACUGAUAUGCCAAUGCUAUCUAAUAUGGAGCCAAAAGGGUCAGAUCAUGACAACCUUGAUAACUGUAGUGAUAUGAAAGAUGCUAAUAAAGAAAUUCGAGGUCUGGUUGUAAUGAAGAAAAAGGUUGCAGUUUCCAAAUCAACUUUUUCUGCUUCUUCCAGCAAAGAGAAAUUAAUGAAUACCAAUCCUGAUGAUAUCAAGAAUGAGAACAUGAUAAUGUCACCACCUAAAAAGGAAACUGAAGAGCCAUCUCCAAUAGGCUCAGAAGGUGGACUUCAGGAUUACUGUGAUUCCAAUAAGGGAGAUAUAAGUAAUUCUAAGGUUCAGGAAGUUGGUCAUCAAACAACAAAAGGGGACACUGAGCCAAAGCAAAAUGUGGACAAUGCUUCUGGGAUUAAAUCAAAUGUGGCUGUACAAAAGCAGUUGAAGGGUAAUGGAAAGGGAAACAACCUGCCUGUAGAAAAAGGCACAAAGGUUACCUCAAAUGACUCUAACAGAGUAUCAGCUCGUAAUACUACAACAGGUAGCAAUUCCAAAACUGGAAAGAUGCCAAAGAGUUUGAAAAAGCCGAAGGAAUAUUCUCUUCAAAAUGGAAAGCCGCAUAAUAAUCCUCGCAAGGCAACAACUGAUACUUCCUAUGAAUAUGCCAAUGACAAAUCAGUACCCUCUGGUGAAGUGGAGAACUUCAAGGGUAGAAGUAAAAUGCACAAGUUCAAGGGAAGCAAUGAUUCAUGCCCCACUAAAGGAACAAAAUUGGUCAAAGAGGACGUUAACAAGUCCAAGAAAUCAAUGCAUGGCGACUUACCCCCAACUGAUGAACUCAAAUAUGGUACAGUUGAAAAGAGAAAGAAAUCAGGAAUCUCCAUCAGGAGUGAAAAUCAGUUAACUUCAGCUACAAAUAUGGAUGCUCAUCUUUCAACAGUUAAACAUGCUGAGGACAUGGAUGCAAUGGCACAUUCUGCUAUUAAAAUUACUGCAAAUUUAGUUCAAUCAGACUCUAAGCUUGUGAAGAAGCGGGAUAGGCCCUUGAGUACGCAUAUUCGGUACAAACGAAGAUCAUGUAGAUUUGAUGAUGAUGAUGAGGAGGAAGAGACUAAGACACCAAUUCAUAAAGCAUCCUCUGUGAACUUGGUUUUAUCAGAUUCAAGCGUUUCAGUUUCCGAGCAGAAACUUCAAUCUGUUACAGAGAGUAACAAAGAUUCUCCAACCAAUAGAGAUGCAACUGAGAAGGCUUGUUUAAGCAGCGAUCAGAAGUCUUCAUAUGGUAUAACCUUGCUUGCCAAGGUGGCUGAAAAGAAUGAGAGAAAAGCUGAAAAAUCUCAUAGCCCCCAGACUUACCAGAGUCCCAUGAAGCGAGAAUAUCAGAAAUCUUGUUUUGGUGGUUCUAGAACUCCUUUGCUUUCACCCAAGGCUUCUGCAUCCCUUGAUGAUGCACCAAAAUUGAGAGAUCAAACAUGUGUUAAGCCCCAUGUUAAAGCUUUUGAUUCUCCUGGGAAAAAAUCCCAAAUCACACCCUCAAAACUCUCAAAAAGCCAAUCAGAGGGCUUAAACUCAUCCACUAGUCAAUCCAUGCCAGAGAAAAUUAAAGCAUUGAAUAAAUCCAUCAAUAUGAAGGCACCUUCCAAAUCUAAUGCACACAAUACUGUUCUUACUGAAAACAAACAUGAAAAGAGAUUUUCCUCUGAAUGGAACUCUGGAAAGGACACUUUAGGAGAGAAAAGAUCAGGAAUGGCUAAAGAAGAAAAACUGGUAACUAUAAGUGCGUCUUCAUUUUCUGAUACCAGUAAGUCAAUGAGAAACCUUAUUGCAGCUGCUCAGGCUAAAAAAAGGAGAGAAGAACAAUCACGAUAUGUACACCCAGAAAAUUCUAUUCCCAUUAUAGUAUCGACUCCAAAUUUAAUCCAUGGAAUGAGUCCAAGUCCUGCUGUGUUGAUUCCCUUCACAUCGGCAAAUUUAUUUAACAAGGAUAUAGAAGCCUAUGCUGCUAUACCUUCUGAUUCUCCAUCGUCCGUUCCUCAUGAGUCUUCUUUAUCUAAUAAAGUCGAUCAUGAAGAAUAUGAGCACAGGAUAAGUCCUGAAUACAGGCCGCCAGGAGGUUCACUAAGUGGUGGCACAGAAGCUGCUGUUGCCCGUGAUGCUUUAGAAGGUAUGGUUGAAACCCUUUCAAGGACAAAGGAUAGUAUUGGGCGUGCAACUCGUCUUGCAAUUGACUGUGCCAAAUAUGGUAUCGCUGAUGAGAUUGUAGAACUACUUAUCCAAAAGUUGGAGAAUGAACCUAGCUUUCACCGUAGAGUUGAUCUUUUCUUCCUUGUUGACUCUAUCACUCAAUGUUCUCAUACGCAGAAAGGGAUUGCGGGGUCUUCAUAUAUUCCUACUGUCCAGGCAGCAUUACCACGACUACUGAGUGCUGCAGCUCCAUCAGGGGCUAGUGCUCGUGAAAAUCGUCGCCAAUGUCUUAAGGUACUGAAGUUAUGGCUUGAGAGGAAAAUUAUGCCAGACUCUCUCCUUCGUCGCUAUAUUAAUGAAAUUGAGGUUCCCAGUGAUGACUUAAGUGCUGGGAUUUUUCUGAGACGUCCAUCUCGAGCUGAGAGGUCUGUGGAUGAUCCAAUAAGAGAAAUAGAAGACAUGCUGGUUGAUGAGUAUGGAAGCAAUGCUACAUUUCAAUUGCCAGGGUUAUUAUCAUGUAAUGUUUUUGAAGAUGAGGAAGAUCUUUAUGUCGACCUUUAUGGAGAUUCUGGGAUUAAAAUGUCCGCUGAAACUGCUAGUAAAUUAGGUCAUUUAGAUACUGGUGCAGUUACUCCGAGUGACCGACACCCUCACAUACUAAAGGAUGUGGAUGGUGAACUUGAAAUGGAAGAUGUUAUUUUGCCCAAAGAGGAGAAAGGGAUAGCUAGCAACAAUUUUCAAAACAGUGAAUCACAACCUUGUGAUUCUAGUAAAUCAAGCGAUCUGGCAGUGGCUGAUUCAAAUGAGCUGCCCCCUCUACCUACUGCCCCUCCCCCUCCUGUGGAAUCUCCUCCACUGCCACCAUCCCCUCCACCUUUGCCUCCUUCACCCCCACCACCUCCUCCACCUCUACCUUCAUCACCAACCCCACCCCCUCUUCCAUUGUCUGGUCAAUUAUGUACAUCUUCUGUGUCACUUCCACCUGCCCCUUCAUCUUCGUCCCCAUCCUUAUUUUAUCCCUCGACGCAGGAAGAAUUCAGAUUAGCAAAUUGCAACCAGGUGGUUCAUUUGCCUAACAAUACUGUGAUGCAAGGGCAGGAGGCUGCUUUAAGCAAUGAAAUGGUUUUGCAGCAGCGUCCAAACUUUAUGGCAAAUGGAAUAAGCAAUACUCAAUCAAUGAAUACUUACAGUUCCUCUAGACCCUUUGAAUAUGGGCAAAAUGAAUCUUACUUAGCCCCUCAAACUUCUCACAACAGUCACCAUUUUCAACAAGGUAAUGCACCUUUCCACCAAAGACCUUACCAUUCACUUCCUCAUGCUCCUACAGCUGCACAAACUGCUGGCCACUUUUCACAUGCUACUCCCAUGAGCCAACAACAAGUGCAGCAGCAGCACAAUCAUUACCCGUUACCAUCUGUUCCUAAUAGUCACAGACAAUAUUUACCCGAUGAACAGAGGAGAGUUCAUACUCGUGGUUUUAGUCCAGAUAAUCAGCAUUCUGCUUGGGUACCUACAAGGCCAUCAUGUUCAGGAGCACCUAUUACACAGGAUGGCUUUCCUAGAUCUAACAUAGAAAUGGCACCUUCUAACUCUAUGGGAUAUCAGCUCCCACUACACAAUUCUGUGCCUUCUGCAGGACAUAGUUUUCCCCAGGUUUUGCCUGGCAGGCCGGAUAUUUCAGGUGUUAAUUGUUGGAGACCAGGUUAAAGUCAGUUCUAUGCACAUGUUUGGAUAUGAUUUGUUCUAUGACGUCUGGGAGCUGGAGAUUGAUGGCUUCUAAUAUCAUAAAAAUGUGUUGGUCUUCAUCUUUCUUGUUACAAUUGAUCUUAGAAUCAAAGAUACCAUCAGAGAAUCAGAGGCAGUGAUACUCUGGUGCUAUUGUUGGCCGGACUAUGUACAUUCUAAUUGUCUUAGCAACUGCAUCCAAAAUACUGACUCCGUAAAUGGAUUGCAGGGUCAUCACAAUUUCCUGCUCUGCAGGUAGUAUUAUCACAGCUACUGAUUGCCCCCCUCCAUCAGGGGCCAGUGCUCGUGAGAACUGUCGCCAUUGUCUUAAGAUACUGAAAAUUUAGCCAGAUUCUCUCCUCCGGUUCUAUAUUGAUGAUAUUGACGUUCCCAUUAACGUCCUCUUUGAGCUAAGAGAUUUGUGGAUGAUCCAAUAAGAGAAAUGGAAGGCAUGCAGUUUGAUGAAUUUGGAAGGUUGGAUUUACUUCAGCAGAAAGUUUGGUGGGUGAGGGAGACAGAAGUGGUUAAGCUGGUCUUUUGUACCUGAUUAGUUGCCGUGUUUGUCAUCAUUUCUUAUUUCUUCCAAAAUUAUGUUUAUGUUUUGAGUGGUUGGAUUUACUUCAGCAGAAAGUUUGGUGGGUGAGGGAGACAGAAGUGGUUAAGCUGGUGUGACAAAUUGUUCAUGCUCCAUCUCGACCUUGCCAUUUAAAGCUGGAGAGCGCGAAGGCCCCUACGAAAGACAACAUUGCACUGGUCAAACCAACUGGUAUUAUCUCGAUUUAAGAACACUGGCUCGAUCGAGCAACUAGACAGCAUACAAAAGCUUGUACAAGAACAACAUCUUGCAUAGUAGUUUGUGUAAGAAUUGCGUCCUCAUGCACCCGUCGCUAUUUUAAGGGUCAGCCAUUCGUGAUUUAUUUCCUCUGUAUGGAGGCGGACACCGUCAUCUUUUGUCAAGUUGUGUAAGAAUUGUGAUACAUACAUAAUGAAUUAAAGGAUGUUAGGAUCUAGCUAUCGUCAA